AUAUAAAAUUAUUUUGCUACAAGGAUUAUUGCGAAUUGAAAUAUGUCCACGAAGGGAAGUUAAUUUUAUGUUUUAAUAGCAAAAUUCCCUAUGUAAUCUGUUCAGUUCUAUUUUAUCUGUGCUUCUGCCUCGUGCAAGAAGCUGGAGGCAUUGUACUUGCCUGUGUUGCGGUGAUUUUUGCUGUGGCAAACACGACAGAAGUUCAUAAAGGGGUGUCACUAUAAUAUACAGCUCACACUCUGCCUGGCAGACGAACGGCCGGUGUUUAUUAUUUACGAGAGAUUAUGGAUAUUACUGCAGGUGAAUACGGCAAUCACAGUCGUGCCUCAUCUGAAGCGGACUCCAGAAAUCCCGAGACACGCUUGAAAAGUUUCAAUGCAUUGGUCAAAAAAGAUCGUUCGUUCUCACAAGUUGACACACGGAACAACAAGGGUUGCGUGCCACUCUAUUUCGAGCGAGCUUCGUCGGCCUGGUGGUAUCCGAAAUUUGAUUCUUCGAUUUUGGAAAAAGAGUACCAAGAAUUCUCUUUCGUCAACAACCGUCGCGCUGUGGUUAAAAUAUUAAUAUACUUGCUUAUAGCUGCUUUAAUAUGGAUGAUAUACUUCGGUGCAACGCAGGAAGACGACAACCGCCAGCCUGUUCUGAUCGCCAUCGCUUGUUUUGGUGCGGUGUUUUUCGUUUCCCUCGCCUUUGUACAGUCCUCGCUUUACCGCCAUAUACCGUGUAUAGCUUCGUUGUUUCUCGCCAUGCUCAUAAUCACGGUCGAUUUGCUAUUUUUCGUGCGAAGUGUCGAAGAAUUUUCGGGCGCAGCGCACUUCGCGAUGUGUGCUUCGUUUAUUCUAAUUAUUUACACUAUGUUACAUUCCAUACCGCUAUUCGUCUCGAUGAUUAUCUUGGCGUUAUUUUCCAUAGUUCACGAGAUUCUGUACGGGUAUGAACUCGGUUUAAACGAAAGAUCCGGAAAGAUAGUAUGCACGGCUGUCCUUCAUCUAGUUGUUCAUAUCAUCGCCAUCCAAAUCAGUUUCAUGGCACAGGUUCGAGAUCGUAGCACCUUCUGGAAAUUUGGUCAACGUUUGAUCGCGAAACGCGAGGCAGAGAUCGAAAAGUCGGCGAAGGAUUCCAUGAUUCGUUCUGUAAUGCCGGAGACUAUCGCCGAAGAGAUUCUCAUUGCGAAUUUCAUGAAGAAAGAGUUGACAUUUCGUCCCUUUAAAAUGCAUCGCAUGGACGACGUCAGUAUACUGUUUGCAGACAUUGUCGGUUUUACCCAAAUGUCUUCCAACAAAACAGCCGAGCAACUGGUCGGACUUCUGAGCGAUCUGUUUGGCCGCUUUGAUCAACUUACAUACGAACAUCAGUGCGAGAAAAUCAGCACGUUAGGCGAUGCAUAUUAUUGUGUCGCCGGCUGCCCAGAACCAAUUUCUGAACAUGCAUUUUGUUGUGUCGACAUGGGAUUGGCUAUGGUGAAGACCAUCAAGGAAUUUGAUGAAGAGAAUAACGAGCAAGUUGGUAUGCGGGUUGGUAUCCAUACCGGUACGGUGUUGUGUGGAAUUAUUGGUAACAAGCGGUUUAAAUUUGAUGUGUGGUCAAACGAUGUCACAUUGGCAAAUAAGAUGGAGACCGCGGGCGUACCUGGCAAAGUACACAUCACGCAAGCAACUAAAGACUUCCUGGAUGAUAUAUAUAUCUACGAGGAUGGUCAUGGCAGCACCCGGCAUGUUGCGCUUGAGGGUAUUACUACGUAUUUGAUUCUCGGUAAGAAACGGAAACACGAGAAGAAAGGAUCAAGUCGACAUCAUAAAUCGGAAGGCAAGCCUGAUGAAUCAUUCAAGAAGGUGUCUAUACGGAUUGACAAGAACGCUGUCAUGUCAUCCAAUGGUCCAUCCAGUUCGUUAUCCGUUCAAGUUCCACCUGAGAAUAAGAGUCCAAGAGGUAGUUUAAAGCGUCAAAGUGAGGAAAUAUUGGAUUCAGAUAUCUUGAAUUCAUCUUAUACGUCUGAAGAUGAAUAUGGUCUGUAUAAUGGUCGAAGGCCUUCCCAAGCACUUGGUGGAACAAUUAACGAAGCUCUCGCUCGGUUCAGGCUUCGAACAUCAAAUGAUCGAGAGUUGGUUGCCCUGAUUAAAGAUAACGAGAAUUCAUUUGCAAAUCCACCGUUAGUGACCGGUUCACUAUGGUUUCGAGACCGUAGUCUGGAGAAGUCCUAUCACGAAGAAGGACAAGAUACAACAUUGCUGAGCCCCACUGUCACCACAUUUGCAUCUCCUAAGGUUAACUUUUUAUUUGAUGUUUUUAUAUCCAAUCUUGUUUAUGUAUAUGUAGUAAUACUUUGCUUUGUCAUGCUUGUUGAUGACAUUUCCAUUGCAAACUACAUAACACUUGCACUCACAUUCUUGCUUGAGAUAUUCUUCUUAAUUUUCAACAUGAGUCGAGCAUAUCCACAGCACAUGAAGUUCUUUGCAGCAUUUUCAAAGCUGCCAGGCUGGUUGUCAAGUCAUAUUUCUGGCACUGUAUUGAUGUGCUUGCCAGUCUUAACAGUGAUGUUAAACUUUACAGUUUGUGGCAAGGACAUAGGUAAUGAUUUUGUAACAUUUUCUGCAAAUGUCAUGAUCGUCACAUUUAUACAUUUCUGCAAUUUUACACAACUCACUUCCAUUCUAAAGUCAGCUCUUGUUGCAUUGCUUGCUAUUUUGUUUAUAAUAAUCACAACUACAGUAAGCGAUUGUGAUAAUGUGGAGGCAAAACUUCAACAAGAUAUGAUACCCACCUUGAUACUGCUAACAAUUCUUAUAUUUAUCCUGAACUAUCGGAAUGACAUCGGUGUUCGCAUGAACUUCCUUGUUGAUGCCGAAGCUGCGAAGGAUAAGAAAGAAGCAAAAAUGAACAAAGCCCAAGCCGACUGGUUGUUAGAAAGCAUAAUUCCAAAACACGUUAUUGCGGAAUUACAAGAAGAGAAACUGUAUUCCAGGAACUAUGAAAAUGUCGGCGUCAUUUUUGCAUCAAUAGUAAAUUUUGGAGACUUUUACGAAGAGAACUUUGAAGGUGGUAAGGAGUGCAUUCGAGUGCUCAAUGAAUUGGUUGGUGACUUUGACGAUUUGCUCCAGAGACUGGAGUUCUCGGAAGUGGAGAAAAUUAAAACUGUGAAUGGCUCAACAUUCAUGGCCGCAUCUGGCCUCAAUAAUUCACAGGGGAAUGGAAAGGGUAAGAAUCAUCUAAAACAAUUGAUUGAGUUUGCACUGGCAAUGAUGCAAGAAAUAAGUAAUUUUAAUGAUCACAUGCUUGGAUUCAAAUUCAUCUUAAGAGUUGGAUUCAAUGCUGGACCAGUAACUGCUGGUGUAAUUGGAACAAAUAAACUGUUUUAUGACAUUUGGGGUGACACUGUAAAUAUUGCAAGUCGAAUGGACUCGACUGGAGUCGACGGACGUGUUCAAGUCAGCGAAGCAUCGAAGAAUUUACUUGAAGAGUUCUUUGCCUUUGAAGAACGUGGUGAAAUUCCAGUAAAAGGAAAGGGGACAAUUAAGACAUUCCUUCUUGUUGGUCCUGUUGAUGACAAAAUAGAUGUUGAGGUAAAAUUUUAUAUAAAUUUCUAACAUACUUGUUUUUUUUUGUUUAGCCAUUUCUUCACAGUAAAAUAGAACUGUCGGCCACAUAGACGCACAGAGUAUACCAGAAAGGUGCAGAUCUCAAUCUGCAGCUUUCUGAUGUAUAGAGCUGUGCGGUUAACCCAUCAAGCUGUGUGGGGCUUCCCCAUUGACGAGUAAAAUUGUCUGGCAUUAGACAAGUAAAAAAAAGUAGGACGCACUGCGGCUCAAUGGGUUAACCGACAAAUUCGGUUCUUCCGGUACUUUUUUAGCACAGAAAAAUUAUAUGCAAAAGAACCGGUAGUUUCGGUUUCAAUUUCCUGUUUAAUUAACGCCCACCAAACGCCCACCUGAUUGCAAGUUGAAAUGUUUGGAAAAUAACAAAAUUGUGCUCUUGUGCAAAAUAUGCCAGGGUUCGAAUAAGAAUAUGGGUACAAUUUCUUAAGAAAAUUUAUGAAGUUCGCUACAAAACGACCGCCAUUUUGUUUUUCGCAAGCAGUGUUUCCACUUUUCAAAACUGAAAUCAAGAAGAAAAUUUGCGAAUCGAUUUAAGAGAAAUGUUUUGUGUUCAUAAAUAAAUUCCAAUUGUUCUUUUAAAAUAUUCACAUAUUUAUACAAAUUUACAAAGGCAUAAAUUCAUCUAUUUAGUAAAAAUGCUCUAAACAUACAUAAAUGAGUUCAUACAUUUGUACUGUUCUUCUUUUUUGAAAAUAACCGAAACCAAACCGAACUGAGGUUUUUCGGUUCCAAAAAACCCGGAACCAGGAUAAAAUUUUUGGAACCACACAGCUCUACUGACCAGUGUUAUUGUCACUACCUAUGCUGGCACAGGCAUAGAGUGUAGUCUAUUCAUAGAACUAUCUAUCCAACUCAGCAAAAAAUCAGUAACCGCCUAACCGGCCGCUGUGUUGCUAGCCAGUAACAUGCUAAUGAACACUCUCCCCCUCCUCUAAAUAUCUAAAACUUUAACUGUUUUCGGGACAUGUGGCUAUGAACAUGGCAGCUGGUAUGCUGAUAACAAAGGCACAACAAGGAGCCAGACUUCUGUAUAGCCUUCUGUGUUGAAGCCUGAAAGUGUCCAAAAGAUUUCCCAACAAUUUACAAAAUAAAGGGGUAUGGCAGUAGGGAUAGGUUUCAGAGGAUACUUUUGUAUCUCAAUCAGUUGAAUUCUUUCAACCAAACAUUUGCCUUUGUUUUCAAUUGCAUUGGUGAAAAUGAUAUGUAUGAAGUAUGAACCAUUUGCCUUUGUUUUCAAUCUGUUAACACCUAGAAAUCAUAGUUUGGUGCAGUACACAGUAAUAACUACUGUAUACAUGAACAUGCAGUUAGAGCUAGAAUACUUGCCUCUGUAGCUCAGUUGGUUAGAGCGCUAAAGUGCUAAACCCGACCAGAAUCGCAUGUUUGAUUCUGCAGAGAACUUUUUAUCUACUAAUCUAGUAUUUUUUAUUUCUGUCCAGAUUGUUAUUUUUGGUAUAAUCAUAAAUCUCUGUAGAACCAUUCUAAAAAGCUAUUUAAAGAAACUUUACUACGCUAUUAAAUGAAAAACUUUACGCUUAAAAUGUUUAUAAAAUCGUUAAACCUGUUGAUGAUCCAAAAGUAUCGCAAGAUCUACCUCUGGGUACGAGAUUGCUAGCGCUACAAACCUGCACUAUUAAAGUCACAGUACUGACUACUGUACUUACACGCCGGGUCAGCUGUUCUCACAAAUCCUUCAUCUAAUUUAAACUUUUUCAAUAUAUUUCGGAUGGACAUGAAACUUGGUACAUCAAUAUAACUUUCCAAUCCGAACAAUCGUAUGUUUUUUAUUUUUGAGAUUUAACGGUUUUUGGCGGGAAAAUGACGUCACAAAACCUCCAGUUAAAAUUUAUUUUCAAUAUCUUAAUAGUUUUAAGCAGAAUGUGAAAGAUCAUGUCAUGAAGAGUUCAAAACUGAAAACAGAUUUUAAAUAUCUUAAUCUAAUCACGAGAUACAGGGAGUUUAGAAUCGAAUUUUCCACCAUUUUGUUACUAUUUUUAGAUUUUUCACGGUUUUUAUGGUGAAAUAACUUUGGAUUAGGUGUAGAUAUUUAAAAUCCGUUUUCAUUUUUGAACUGUUCAUGACAUGUUCUUCCAAAUUCUGCGACAAAACUAUUAAGAUAUUGAAAGUAAAUUUUUAAUGGAGGUUUCGUGACGUCAUUUUCCCGCCAAAAACCGUUAAAUCUCAAAAAUAAAAACAUAGGAUUGUUCGGAAUGGAAAGUUAUAUUGAUGUAGCAAGUUUCAUGUCCAUCCGAAAUAUAUUGAAAAAGUUUAUAUUAGAUGAACGAUUUGUGAGAACAGCUGACCCGGUGUGUUUUGGUUCACACCAGCAAUUUUGUCGGCGAUUUUGUGUUUCUGACGGAUACAAAUGAGUAAACUCGCACAAAAGAGUAUAUAGAGUCGCUUUUCAGAAGUAAACAAUUCUAAGUCUUUUGCAUGUCAUUCAUUCAAUCACAUUUGCCAGGAGGAGAAAAAUCGCUAGUGUGAACCAGGCGUUAAAGGGGCAGUGUCACGGUUCUACUUCGCAUCCAAAAUAUGCGCGAACUCGAAAAACUGUCUGCUAACAAUUAAUCAAGUUAGGAGUGAAAUACGAUAUACUUUUUAUAAUCCCUUUGUUAUGCUAGAACAUCCUUGCUUUGUUUUACAAAUUGAAGGCUGCUGCAUCUUUUCCAAUCAUGUAGCAUUAAUUUUAAACGUUUCUUUGCGCCGUUUAUUUUAGCCAAUCAGCGCCGUAACACUGCCCCUCCCAUGGCCAGAAAUCAAGGCCAUAAUUUAUUCUACUUUAGUAAUUUGCAUAUCAUGUUGAAGUUAACAGUGAAUAGACCCUUUCGAUAAUUACGUCACGUAUCUUAUCUUGGCCUCGGAGCCUCAUUCUCAUCUUUCAAGACGAACGGUGAUUGGCUCACAAUUCAUGAGAGCGAGGCUCCCAGGCGAAAACAAGAUUUGUGACGUACUUAUCGAAAGGGUCUAUUAUAAUGCGACGUUGUGAAUCGUAAAAUCUGAGAACAAAGUAGGUCGUUUGCAACUUGCCUCAAUCGCUGGUUACAAAACAAAAUCUGUCGAAGUAUUUAGUGUAAUGUUGGCUUGAUUUCAGUUAUUGCUUAUUCUGCAAUUUCAAUAUUUGUACAGAGCCAUGCAGAGGUUAGUUUUUAUGACAUUUGUUUAUUUGACCCUAAUAAAUUUAGGAAUGUUCGGUAUGAGAAAUUUCCGGUAUCGGUAUACCGAAAAAAUUAUACCGAUAUUAUUGGUAUACCGGUUUUCCUUUGAUAAUUAUAAAGGAAAAUUCUUUAAUGGGAAUUUGAAGGAAAUUUUGAGUAAUUCUAAAAGGGAACACGAUAAUUUCGAAGUUGUUUCGAACGACACGUACUCAGUGUAAAAUCUCACCGAAGUGGAAAUUCUAAAUCAUUGCAGUAGAACGUUCUCUGAAUUGCCAUUCAGUAGUAAAAUAAAGGUUAUGGUUUCGCCAUAUAGUUGGUAGAUUUAACACGAUAUACCGACGAUAUUGAUUUAAUACCGAUAUUUUCGGUAUACCGAACAGUCCUAGACUCUAUAUAGAAAAACCGCACACUACUGCCACUAGGUCUAGGAAUAAACUAAAAUGCAGAAUAGGCACUAACUUGAACCAGGCAAACAUUGCCCUAAAUGAUUCCACAGACUUUGUUCGACAUCCAGCAGUUGAGGCAAAUUGCAAACGACCUACUGCAUUCUCCGAUUUUUCGAUUUACAGCAUCAUCGCGUAAUAUAAUUAUUAUAAUAUUGUACAAGGCAUAUUUCAACGGAUUAUGCGUGGAUAAUAUGCAAAUUAGUAAGGAAGUAGAAUGAUCAUGGAUGUCAAUGAUUUCUGGCCAUGCCAGCCAAACAAGUAUGAGCGUUGAUAAUAGUUGCAAUACUCCCGCUCGCGUUUGACCGCAAACUCUAACCAAUGCACUCUCUGUCUCACGUCAACUUCGAACUGGUUCAAAUUUUGGUGAGAGUUGAUGAGAGUUUUCGCUAUAGCGCUCGGUGAUAUCCAAUCUCAAAUCAUUAAUAAUGCAUGAGUAAAUUAGCGAACCAUUUAACAAUUAUUCGCCGAAGCGGCGAAUGCGAGGUGAUUAUCGGGGAAUAUUCGCCGAGACGAAGUCGAGGUGAAUACUCCCCGAUAAUCACCGAGCCUGAGGCGAAUCAUUGUUUUUAGUAUAAUUACAUAGGUGAUUAUUGAAAAUUCUCCACGCUGAUUGGUUGCCGUUGAGGUGAUUAUUACGCGAUAAUCACCUAAGCGAUUUUCAAAAUGGCGACCGAAGCCUUUUUGUCAAUUAAAUGACGAAGAAAUGUGUAUUUUCUUAUUUUUUUUCAAAUAAUCACCUAUGAAAUUAUACUAAAACAAUUAUUCACCUCAGACUCGGUGAUUAUCGUGAAUAAAAACCUCGACUUCGUCUCGGUUUUUAUUCACCGAUAAUCACUUCGGCGAAUAAUUAAUAUUUUUGUUAAUUAGUAUUUUUACACAAGUUUUUGUGUUUUUUUUUGAGACUGAAUUUAUUUUAAUAGACCUUAUAUGCAUAAUGACGUCACAUGAGACUUGAUGCCCACAAGGAAUGCUGGUCCUAGUAGUUAUCGCCCGGGAAAAUUUCUAUAGUCGCUAUUUUGAAUUGUUUAAUUUUCCCGGGCGAUGACUACUAAGACCAGCAUUCCUCGCGGGCAUCAAGCCUUGUGACGUCAUUAUGCAAAAGGUGACCAAUCAACGUGUAGGAUUUGUUAUGUUUACUUGUGCAAAAAUACUAAAUUGCUUCAUUUUACUCUACUGGUGUGAAAUAUAUUGUUGCAGUCCAGGGGCGUAGGAACCGGGGGGGGGGGCAGGGGGGCCAUGGGCCCCCCAAGUUUUGGCAAGUGCCCUUUUUACAGGAGCAAAGUGCCCUUUUUGUGCCUGAAAAAUUUUCAUAAAAUUAGCAGUUUUUGUCCCAACGAAACUUUUGAAAACUGUAAUGUAGGUUUUUUCCCGAAAAAUGUUUUAGUUUCUGAUAAAAAUCUCAUAUAUUUGUUUUUCCGGAAAAAAUUUUUAGUAUUUAAGGAAAAAUAUGGUAUGUCCGGAAAAAUUUUUUACCCCUAAAAUGGUACACUGACCGAAUUUUUUUUGGCGACGGGGGGGGGAGGUCGCCAAAAAUUUUUUUUGAGAUGCCCUUUUUUUUUAAGUGCCCCUCAAAGCCUGGCCCCCCCAACUUUUCUAAGCUUCCUACGCCCCUGUUGCAGUCAUAAUUAAUUCAUGGUCAAAAUUAAUUCACCUCACUUUGAGAAUUGAGUAGUGAUUUAUUCGUAUAUAAUAGUUGAAUGCUCCAAAGUAUUAGUUGUUUAAAUCAACUUUAAUUUUAUUUUUAGAUAGAGGAUUGAAUACAUGUCAUUGACUAACGUGGAUAUCUAGUGAAUCACGAAUGAAUUGCUUUGGAAUUGCAGCUUUAAAUAUUACACGCUUAAGCUAACUGAUCUUCGAAGAGGUAACAAUGCCAAUGGACGGUCAAGAAGCUUACUUAUUUAGCUUUGCUAUUUUAAUAAAAUGAAAUAUAAUAUAGCUAUUUAAUUAUUUUACUGAAUGAAUUCUUGUAAACAUUAUAGUUCAUUCAAGAAUAGAACAUUGUAUGAUAUGUAUACCUUUUAAAUAGUGCAGUAUUUGUAAUGUGAAUUGUACAGGACAAUGUUUAGCGAUAAUUAUGUCGCUUUUUAUUAGGGCUGCUUUGUAUUAUACCAUACCAUUCAGUAAUCCUUGCAGAGUUCUUUUCUUGAUUAUUUGCUAGAUUGCUUUGGUAAAAAAAAAACAACAUGUUGAGGGUUAAGCAAGUGUACGAUUGUGUGGGAAUGAACGGCUUGUGCUAUAAAGAUGUUACCUGACCAAGAUUAUACUGAAAAACCUAAGGCUAAGGUAAAAAAAUGAAAACCGUACUAUGUAUUUACAAACAAAUUGACGAUUUAUAUCGAUUCGCUGUAGCCAAAAUCGACGUAAGCGUACUAUAAAACGAACAGUUCGAUAUUGUUUCGAUUUUUCGCAGUAUUUAAAUGUAUUUUGUUCUUGGUCGCCAUGCAUGUUGGUAAAGAGAGCCUGCAAGGAUCCCUAUGAUGAUUGCGUGCAGCCCUUCAAUUAUGAUGUCACAGGUCAAUUAAUAACAACCAAUCAGCGCAGACCGGAAUACACCACGAUAUUGUAAACAUAAACCGAUUCGUUUCAAAUUCGUUACUGUAAUAGUUUCGUAUACAGACCGCCACUGUGGCAUACUAAAAAAGUUAAAACGGCUCGAGGUUUUACAGAGUAAUAUAUCAAGUUGUACUUUUUAUUACAAUCUGCAUGUGUUUCUCCUGUAGGCACAGUAAGUUUAAAGUUGUAUAUUACCCGCUAACUAAUUCAGUUAUUUGGAAUUGCUUCGUGCUGCAAUAUAUAAUAUACACUGUAUACAGUCUAUAUAUAUAGUAAUAAUAUAACUUACUGAAAUUUAUGGCUUUGGUGAGACAUAGACAUAUAUGAUAUACCAUGGACAUUGGACAUAAUAAUAUGUUUAUAGUUCAAAUUUUGCAACAAAAAGUGGAAUUGCAGUAAACAUGCAUGUGAUAAUUAUUGUAAACAAAGUGACGAGUAAAUUACUGUACAUUUUAACGCCGCAUACUUAUAAAUAUUAAAUAGUCAGUAUAACAUUGUAAAACAAGCUUAAUACACACAAUAUGCACUGAAUAUUAUCAGAAUUCCCAAUAUUGUUUCAUAAAAGAGAAGCGAUAUAAUGCCUUGUCCCUAGGUUUCGGUUUGCGAAUUUGUGCAGUCUUUCUCAAGAAUUAUUCUUAGCUUAGGAGUCAGACAAGCCAAGGACACAAUAAAGCAUGCAAGCUUUUAGUAUUCGUCUUUAUAUGAAUACUAUAUUAAUUUACAGUAAAAAGUCAACCAGGAUCAAAAUACAUGACACUUUUAUCUCUACAUUGUCGCAAUUCCGAAGCUUUGCGUUGCUCGGUUUUACAAACGGGAAGUGCAAGUUUAUGGAAGCUUGUCAAUCACUUCAUAUGAAUCAGUUAUCAACCAAUCAGAGCACUGCGUCCAAAUAUUGGACGCAUGCACCGAAUCAUCAAAGGGAUCCUUGCAGGCUCUCUUUCCCCAGAGAGCCUGCUCGCAGGCUAGCAUGUUGGAUGAGUGGAUGACAAAUUCAAGUCAACCAACAUGGCAGCGAAAACAAUCAUACAUUUUAUACUGCAAUAUAUAAAAGCCCAGCAAAUGACUCGACCUCACUCAUACAGUCAUACUCAGAUAUAACAGAAAAGAAAGCUGUUCGUUUCUUGUAAAACUUCACAGACGUGAUAUCGAACCAUCUACCUAUAGACUAUAGUACAUGCAUGUUUCUUGAGAUUUGGGUGUAGAAAUUUGUUUUGAAGAUUUACAUGUAUUAAAAAUUUUAGCGUAGCCACGUGACCGGCUACAAUUUCAUUAGUUUGUUUAUGCAUGUGAGACGGUGACGGUUAUCAAUACAAUGACAUUAAUCCUAUAGCUCAAAAGAAAGAAAUAAUUAAAAGUUCGAAAUUUUACCGAAAACAUCCUGUAUAAGUUCUACAUUUCAUAACUAUUGUUUAACUUUAAUUAAGAGGAUUAAGAUCACGUGACCUCUUAGUGCAAGUCACGUAUUCACUUGAUCGGAACGAAUCAUUCUUACACCGAUUUACCUCGCCCAUGCAUAGUUAAUACUCGCCUAUAGUAACCAUUUGUUAAAUUACUGGCGCUCCAACAAUCCUCAAGGAUGAAGUAAAGGAGGUAUACCGGCUUAUAACUUAUCUCAUACCUAAUUAGCGGCUUUCCUAUUGGCUACAAGGAGGUGAGUUCAAUCUCGAACCCACCUGCUGACGUAUGUUUAGGUAUAUAAUUUCUUUAUAAUUUUACGC